CCGUCGGGAAUGGGGCGAGCGCGCUACUCGGAGAGGGAAGCGCCGCCGCGGAUGACCCGGAACCGAGCUGGGCCGGAGCGGGGGGCCGGACAUUGGCACCCCUCCUCUGCAGAUGGGAGAGUAGUUCCGUCCAACAUGGCUGCCACCAUGAAGAAAGGGGCUGCUGAAGAUGUCAAUGUUACUUUUGAAGAUCAACAGAAAAUUAACAAGUUUGCAAGAAAUACCAGCAGGAUUACAGAGCUGAAAGAAGAAAUAGAAGUUAAAAAGAAACAACUUCAGAAUUUGGAGGAUGCAUGUGAUGACAUCAUGAUGCUAGAUGGUGAUGAUUCAUUACUGAUACCCUAUCAGAUUGGUGAUGUCUUCAUCAGUCAUUCUCAAGAUGAGACACAAGAGAUGCUGGAGGAGGCAAAGAAAAACUUACAAGAAGAAAUUGAAGCUUUAGAAUCUCGAGUGGAGUCAAUUCAGAGGGUAUUAUCUGACCUGAAGGUUCAGCUUUAUGCGAAGUUUGGAAACAAUAUAAAUCUUGAGGCAGAUGACAGUUAGGUUUUUUUUUCCUAAAUACCCUGUGUUCAGUUUUUUGUAUUGGUUUAUUAAAUGUGACUGUUGACAUCUCUUUUCUUUCCAAUAAUGUUUUUAAAAAUUCCCACCCAUUUCUGUUUUAUAGCUUUCCAGUCAUAGUUGCAGAAAGCUUUCCUUCUUUGCAUACCUACAGUUAUUUAUUUGUUUCAGGAAAAGCAGUAGCCUUUCAUAUUACUGAUACACAUCAAGAUUGAGGUGUUUACAUUCUCUUUAUUAAAAUAAUAAAUGCAAGUAAACGUA